AUGAAAAAUCUCCGGACAUGUCGUGAUUGUCAUUCCUUCAUGAAGCAUGUUUCGAGAAAGAAAUCAUUGUUCGGGACCGGAACCGUUUCCAUCAUUUCAAAGACGGAGCUUGUUCGUGUCAGGAUUAUUGGUGAGGGAUUGAUGAUGCUCCUCCGCCCUUCAGCCCUUGCGAGGAUGGAUGGAACACAAUCCUCCCACUUUCACGUGAAGCCCCCGAAAGAGACUUAUAAAAUGUUUCUCCUAAGAAGAGGCUGGAUUUUCUUGCAGACUCGGUCUUGGAUUAUCUCAUCGCAUUGCAUCUAUACAAGAAGCAUCCUGAUAUUGAUAGACAUGAGAUUGGCUUCAGUAAACCAUGAAUGUUAUGCUCAAUCAGCUAUCAAGAACGGGCUACAAAAGCACAUACUCCGUGCAUCACAAAACUGCACAUGGACAUAA